AUGACCGUCCAGGAACUCUCCAUCCGCAAGGUCACCCUCGACACCCUCCCCGCCGUCCAUGCCCUCGUCGAGCGCUGUUUCCGCAGCAAGGACGCCGCGAAGGGCUGGUGCAGCGAAGCCGAGUUCUUCACCGGCGCGCGCAUCACCCCCGCCGGCAUGCUCGACAAGUUCCAGCAUCCCGACACCGUCUUCCUCGCCGGCUACGACCGCGACCCUUCCUCCGAAAACAAGGAGACCCUCGUAACAUGCUGCGAGAUUGCCCGGCGCGACCCCGACACCUGCUACUUUGGCCUCUUCGCCGUCGACCCGGCGCUCCAGGGCGGCGGCGUCGGCAGCCGCGUGCUGCGCGAGGCGGAGCGCUACGCCCGCGAGGAGCUCGGCUGCGCGCGCAUGGAGAUGCAGGUCAUCGACCGGCGCGACACGCUGAUCGCGUACUACGUCCGCCGCGGGUACGCGCGGACCGAGGAGAAGAGGCCGUUCCCGUACGAGUUGUUCGGCGAGGGCACGAUCCUGCGCGACGACUUGCAGUUUGCCGUGCUGGUCAAGGAGUUGACGGCAUAG